UUUAGAAAAAUACAAAUGUUUACAUAUUUUUAUUUCUUUACAUAAUCAGCCUUGCAAUCGGGAAACCGUAAACAACGUUUAUGUGAGCUAUAAACCUGCUAAUAUUUUUUAAACUUUUAUAAGUGCUAAGAAAUGUAUAACAUUGAAUCUUAUUAGCGUAUAUUUAUCUUAUAAGUAGUGAUAUUUUUUAUUUUCGGUAAAUAUGUUAUCGUUUGCCGGGUUUUCACUUAUAGUUUACGUUACCAAGGGUUUCACUCUGCAAUGUUUUGUAAUCAAUGUCAAACACUACAAUUGGCGAGGUGCCAGACGUUUUCCAGAAAUAGUUAACGCCGGCGUGACGAGUUAUUCCGUUUACUCCACUCCCUGUUUUAUUUAACUCAAGCCAAAUAUGAUGGAUCGUCACAACCCUCUUAACGCAAGCUUCCACGGCUCUAUGCGAAGCCGAGACUCGUCAUCAACAGUUGGCAGUGAUGCAAGGGAGAAAAUCAAAGACUGCUUCCGAAAAUUCAUUGCCUUCAUGUUUACACAAGUGGGUGUCGGCGCCCUUGUUGUUUGUUACGCGAUACUCGGCGCCGCUGGCUUCAUGCACAUCGAGAAGGACAGCCCUGACGAGCAACUGGAGGAGGUCCGCAGACUGAGACUCAACUGUGCAGAGUCACUGUGGAAUAUCACUAUUACAGACAACCUGUUCAAUGAAACUGCUUGGGUGUUGAAAGUGAAUGAAGUUCUCAAAGUGUUUCAAAACAAUAUCACUGCAGCUAUCCACACAGGUUACAAUGGGAGAUCUGCCGAAGACAUCUGGUCUUUCCCGGCUGCCCUCAUGUAUUCACUCUCAGUGUUCACAAUGAUCGGCUAUGGUAAUAUUAUACCAAAAACUGUUUGGGGCAAGAUUACAACAAUAGCUUAUGCCUGUUUUGGUAUACCCAUAUAUGUUCUGUAUUUUUGUAAUAUGGGUAAAGUGUUGGCCCAGUCAUUUAAAUGGUUGUACAUUACAGCUCAUGAGUGCAGCCGCAGAGAUGACACAUUAUUUGAGGAUGGAGAAAUGCAGCCUGUAAAAAAGAAAAUAACUGUACCCUCAACUGCUUGUCUGUGGGUGAUAUCAUUUUAUAUCCUGACUGGGACUAUAAUGUUUGGAGCAUGGGAGAAAUGGAACUAUUUGGACUCCACAUAUUUUUGUGUCAUAAGUUUAUGUAAGAUUGGCUUUGGAGAUUUUGUUCCGGGUGCUAAUAUUGCUGACUCCGCUGGAGGGUCGCAUUUAAAGCUGGUUAUUAACUUUAUAUAUGUUCUACUUGGCAUGGGUCUCGUGGCCAUGUGUUAUAACCUGAUGUGUGAGGAUGUCAGAGUCAAGGUCCGAGAGCUGCGGGAAGACCUGAAGAACUGCCUUGAUGACAUCACAUUAAAAAUCACCGUGUGCAUGAAUGAUACAAAAUAUUAUCACCAGAAAAAUAGCAGAAAUGUCAAAUGACAGUGUGAAGUGAUGAUUACUGUUAGUGUUUACUUUUUAAUUUUAAGUGUAAAAUAAAAUCUAAAAUUUAUAUUAUAAGUUUGAAAAUAAAUGCAUUUUUUAAUAUUUGUCUAUUUUUAAUUCUUCUAUAAUUACAAAACCAACUAGGAUUUGUUGGUGUAAAAUCUGUCCAGACGCGCCUAAAAUCCCUUACCACUCUAUUCUAAGAAUGGAUAUUACGUACAUGCUUUUAAGUACAAAAGUUGUUUUACGUAGAAAUAAAGUACCAAAAACUUUAAGUGCCGCAUUCCUUUUAGUAGCCAUCACGUAAUUACAGCUACAUUCGGUUUAUGUAUCACUUGGCUUCACUUUUCCCUAUUCGACUGCGGUACUGCGAUACCGUUAGUGUAUCGUAUCACCUAUACUAUUUCGGUCUU